AUGGUUACAUGUUACACGGUCCGUCUUUCUCACGGCUUAUAUGGCAAACUUCCAAAACAAUCCAUAUACUUGGUUAAACAAUUUAAACGAACCAUGGAUGAGACAGAUAAUAACGGAAUUCGUAGAACCUUUCAGGCAAAACAAAAUUCACACUCCAUAUGGCACCACGGGCAAGCUGAUGACUCCACCCUUUACUCGUCCAAUUCCUAUAAUCACAAUUUGGGACGCCUUAGCCCUGCUUUGGACGUACUAUAUAAGUCGUCCUCCCAAGAAAAAAACGACGCUCCAAGAUCAGAUUUCAUAUCUGGAAAAGAUGCAGGAACUAUUGGUGAAAAAAAUUAUGGAAAUGACAGAGAUGGAUCUUCUAUCUCGCCCAGCAACAGUAAACCUCACAUUUUCAAUACGGAAAAGGAUGAUUUCAAGGUACAUGUUUGGGAUGUCGAUCCGUUGUGGGAAAUCGAAAAUCGAGGAAUUCAACAAACAAGCGACAAAUUCGAGAUUGAUAGCGAUACAGAUGUUGGAGUGGAGCUCGAGUUUUGUCCUAACCGACAAAAAAUUCAGUCGAUGCAUCCAUCCUUGGGAAAUUGUGCAGAAUUGGAAGCCCACAAGGAAUGUGGAAGUCAAAUACCCAUGCAUGAAGUGUCAGUUGAUGGCAGAUUUGAUGGAUCGCAAGGGCAUUGCAACAAUUUGUUCAUUGUAGAUAAGAUUGAAAAUGAAUCAGAUCGACGUCGGAUCGCAACCUUCAUUAGUUAUGAGUUUACCGAUGAAAAUGACGAUCUGAUCUUCUAUAGUGAAUGCGUUAAAGAAUAUGGCUUGAAUCAUAUCAUUGUCAUUGGCCAGCUUGAUUUCGGAAUAAUUUUCUUAGAUUGCUACGGUCGUGUAUUUGAGUUUAAUGACAUGAGUCAAAUGUUUUUACCACUUGGGAAUUCUCUUGCUGAGUUGUCAAUAAAAAACCAAGCUCCUCAUGUGGCAUGGAUUAUAAAAUCUGAUGGAGAUUUAUAUGAGUAUGAUCUUCAACAAUAUUUUGUAAAGAAAGAUAAUAAGAGCAAGAAGAAUUCGAAAAAGAAGAAAAGGAAGAAAAGGUGA